AUGCUAGCAAAGAGUGAUGAUCACAAAAAUAAGUCUGUGUUUGAUGAAAAUUUUUACAUUGAUGAGGCUAUUAAUCUCAUCUUGGGUGCGGAAGACACUUUGUGUUCAGCUUUAGUAUGGUAUUUUUGGUUAGUCUCGAGUAAUCCUCAAGUGGAAAAGGAGAUCGUAAGAGAAAUUCUUCAGAAAGAGGAUAGUAAUAAUUUGAAGGAAAUGGUAUAUAUGCAUGCUUCUAUUUGUGAAAGCAUGAGACUUUACCCACCAGUCCCUCAAGAAUCGAAGCAAGCAAUGAAAGACGAUAUUUGGCCUGAUGGAACCAAGGUGAAGAAGGGAACGCGUGUUUUAUACAACAUUUUUGCUAUGGGACGAUCACCAAAACUGUGGGGUGAAAGUUGGGCGGAUUUUGAACCCGAGAGGCGGCUUGAAAGAGAUGAUAGAACAGGGAAUUGGAGGUUUAUUCCAAAGGACCCUUUUACAUAUCCCAUGUUUCAAGCAGGGCCAAGGACUUGUAUCGGAAAAGAAAUUGCUUUCAUGCAAAUGAAAUUAGUGGCAACAAUUGUGCUAAGGCGAUUUCAGAUUGUUCCAGCCGUGGAAGGUUAUAUUCCGGUUUAUGGUUCGUGCAUGACAUCCAUGAUGAGAAAUGGUUUUCCAGUGCAAAUUCUGCAACGUUGCCAAAAUUUGUAA